AUGGACUUCCUAUUUGGCAAACGGAAGACACCAGAACAGAUGCUGAGGCAGAAUCAAAGAGCACUGAACAAAGCAAUGAGAGAUCUAGACAGAGAAAGACAAAAGAUGGAACAACAAGAGAAGAAAGUUAUAGCAGAUAUUAAAAAGAUGGCCAAGCAAGGACAAAUGGAUGCAGUCAAAGUAAUGGCAAAGGAUUUGGUCCGAACUAGGAGAUAUGUAAAGAAAUUUAUUAUGAUGAAGGCUAAUAUUCAAGCAGUGUCCCUUAAGAUACAAACACUUAGGUCAAAUAAUGCAAUGGCACAGGCAAUGAAAGGUGUAACCAAAGCAAUGGGAGCCAUGAAUAAGCAGAUGAAGUUACCACAGAUACAGAAGAUUAUGAUGGAUUUUGAAAGACAGUCUGAGAUCAUGGAUAUGAAAGAAGAGAUGAUGAGCGAUGCAAUUGAUGAUGCCAUGGGAGAAGAGGAGGAUGAAGAGGAAGGUGAGGCAAUAGUUUCCCAAGUACUUGAUGAGCUUGGUUUAUCACUUGGAGAUGAAUUAUCUGGUUUACCAGGAACAGGCUCAGCGUUGACAACGCCUGGACAGAAGGUACCGGUUGCUGAUGCCGAGAUGAAUGAUGCAGAUGCUGAUCUCCAAGCUAGAUUGGAUAACUUACGUCGAGAGUAAAUAAAAAAACAAUUUCUAGGCUCAUUUUUAUCCUGAUUCUCUAUUUUCUGAAUUGCGAAACUGUAAAUGCAUAACAAGAGGGGUUGAUCACAACUACUGCAAGAGCACUUUGAUAGAGUUAAUUAAUUGGAAGACCACCCCCUGAAACAUGUAACAUUGCUAUUAACUAAUACAAUGUAUUGUUACAGAAGUUAUUAGCAUUGAGUUUCGAUGGAUAGAAAAUUAUCAGCACACAUUUACACUUCAUCUAAUCAAUGUUAAAUAAAUAGUUCAUGAUGAAUGUAAUUAAAGAUAUACUGCCAAAAACAGUCAAGAAAUAUUUUUAUUAGAUUUACAUGGCAGUAUAGCUUUGAUAUACAGUAUAGAAUAACUUGACCACUCUACAAAAAAAAAAUAAUGUUAUGCUUUUGCUCAUUUCGUGAAGGAAAAAAAGUUGGUAAAAACAUACCAAUUUAGAGUGUAUAAAUAUAUACAUUGUACAUAAAAUAAGAGACAAACAUUAGCAUUUUGGGGAAAACAAUGUGCUAAAAUGUAACUGAAGAAAAACUAUAAUUCAGUGAAUUUUUUUAAACAUUUAGUUUUUAAUUUUCACUUCAUGGAUAUUACUAUUCUUUGUUCAUAAUUUGGUAGAUAAUAUAUAAUGUAGCCAUAUUUACUGUGACAUUCUUGCAAUCUGGGUUAUAAUAAUUCUCUUGGAAUUGUUUGCCUUGUUUUUUCACUACGUUCUAGUAAUACAGUAAUAGUCUUGUAUGUACUGUAGUUAAUAAGGUACCUACAUGAGUUUACUCAGUGUUGGGAUCUGUUCUUAAAAUGUUUUAUGUACUUUGUUUUCAAAUAUCUUUACCUUAUCAAUAGUAAUGAUGAUUUAACUUGUUUUUGUAGAUAUAUUUUAAAAAUCAGUUUAUUUUGAUAGUCAAAACACUACUAGAGUUCAUGAUAUUGAUCUCCCAAAAUUAAAUCAGAAAUAUAAGAGAAUGUAAAUUACAUACUGUCCUCAAUGAGCAUUUUGGUAAAAGGUGAUGUUCUUUGCGCUGAAGACACCAAGUUUAAAUCUGGCUGGAGUUGAUUUUUAAUUGGAGAUUGAUUGCUCAGCUCCUUGAAUAACCCUCAUUACUUGUCUCACAUAUUUGUGUGCAAUUCUUUGCUUGGCAAAUUUGUGUACAGUUUCUAUUGCUAGGAUUGAAUGCAACAGAGUUGGCACUUAAAUAUUGUUAUAUAGAGUGAUCCAUGAUUCUGGUCAUUAAACUCAAUUUAAUUUAAUUUGCAUGUUUUU